AUGAGUACCAAAUACGUAGUUGGUAUAGCCUCCGCGGUGAGUGGACUGGUGAUCCUCGGCAGCUUGGUGGUUGUUGGAGUGCUCAUACACGAUAUCAGCAAUCUCUAUGAUAAUGUGAUGGAAGGUAUGGUGGAGUUCAAGUCGUUAGCUGAUGAUACGUGGAAAGAAAUGAUCCUCAUCACUAAUGGCCCGGUGAGCUACGUACACAACGAGGGAGAUGAGUUCAGAACUAUUUUUGGACGAACUAAGCGACGUGUGACCUCAUGCAACUGUGGUGUACAACCAAGUCACUGCCCAGCCGGGCCACCAGGACCUCCCGGUGAGCCAGGCCAAGAUGGUGAAGAUGGGACACGCGGAGAACCCGGGAAGCCAGGGCUGGCUGGUGAAGUAACAGCAUACGAAAAUGCAGAUGAAAACGGAUGUAUCAAAUGUCCGGCUGGUGAGCCAGGUCCUGCUGGGCCGCCAGGACCGCCCGGGCCUCCGGGACCAGCCGGACCACCAGGCCCAGACGGUGCGGCCGCGGAAGCUGGACCACCAGGACCAGCUGGACCUCCUGGUGAUGAUGGACCAAUGGGUUAG